AGUUCGCAAAAAAACUGGUAGAGUGUAUAAAUAUUUUGCAUGAUCAUUUAUUAUUUUCACACAAAAAUCACCAUACAUAUUAUUUGAUUUGGAGCGUUUGGCUGAAUAAGAAAAAAAUUACUUUUAAACUAAAACUAUCUUCCACUAAAUUUUUCAACUUUAUCAAUAUUUUAAAAAUAGAAAUCAUAAAUCUGCAAUGGAUGUUAGUAUAGAUUUAGGUAGUACAGCUGCAAUAGAUAAACUAGGCACAGACACAAAUCAAUCAAACGAUGAUCAGACAACUAGUGAGAAUAUUAGCUCAAGUACAAUAGAAGAAGAAUCGCCAAUUAACCAAAAUGCACUCAGCAAAUAUUUUGGAAAGCCAGAAGUUGACCAAAAAGAUGAUUUUUUUGAUUCAUUUCCUGUUCAAGGUCCCGAGGACGAACAUACUCAUACUAGGCACCGCACUAUUUCAACUUCUCAUGAAGAGAAAGUUUGCUUUGAGUACGAAGACAGGCCAGCAAGCAAUCCUCCACUAGAAGUAGAUCAAUUAAAAGAUUUUGAAUCGUUCGAAGGAAACGAAGCAGAGAGUGAUCCAAUAUCUGAAAACCAUUUAAUUCAAAGUCAUCCACUAAGUGAAUCUGUUUCGUCUCACGAUACUCUUCCUCAUAUUGAAGAUAUAAAGUUCGAUAUGGGUUUCAACGACGGUAUGUAUGAAGCAUGGAUUUUUAACGAGUCGACUCAAAAAGUACUAGCCUCCAUAAUGGCCGAUCCUAAUUAUGUUGUAAACGAGCAGGAUUUGACUAAACCGUGUGUUCUGAUAGAAGAAACUAUAACAGAUCCUAUAACUGAUCUAAUGCAAAAAUAUAACAAGACUGAUAGAGCACCUACACUCUCUUUAAACGAUGUACAACCCGAUCUCGCUGGAUUAAAGAAAUUAUUAGCUGGUCAAGCUUAUAGAUCAGCAUUUAAUCUCACAACCCACUUAUUGACAGCUGUUGGUCAAGGCUCUGAUGGUUGGAAAAGCUCAGAGACUCGCCAUACGCCAUAUACCAUACAACUGUGGUAUACAAGGAUUGCGUUACUAGUAAAACUUCGCCUGUAUAGUUUGGCGGAAACGGAAUGUCAUCAAUUUGCUUUUUUCGAAAAACCUGAUCUAUGCUAUGAAUUUUAUUGCAAUGAUCCAGAUACAAACGGAAGGGGUUCUAUGGUGCCAUUUUCAAUGAGAAUACUAAGUGCUCAACUACCUCAGUACUUAGGGAAAGUUGAUGAAGGUUUGGAGAGACUUUCGAGUAUAUUAAAAGUAGUAAGAAAGAUAUCUUCUAAUUUGCUCAAUGGCCUCGCCGAAGAUGGAAGUGGUCUUCAACUGACUGAAGAAAGAAGAAAUGCAUCAAUUCAGCUAUGGAAUCGACGUGAAGUAUCAGUUUUGCACGCCAUGGCCAACGCUCUACUAUCCUGUAAAGAUUAUCCUGCUGCCCUGUCAGUCUAUCGAGAAAUCUUAGAUUUAGAUAGGAAUAAUGAAGACAGUAUUUUCUCCUGUAUGGGUCGUGUUUAUAUAAUGGCUGGAGAUAUUAAACGAGCAGAAGAAUACUUUAAGAAAAGUUCAGUCGAUACGUAUAUAAAUCAAGGUUUGCUAUCAAUAGGUAAAAGCGACUUUAAUAUGGCAUCGAAUUGGUUUAGUAAAGCAGGAAGAUCGGAAUACGUUGCAGCAAAUAAUCUUGCGGUCUGCCAAUUAUAUAACGGUAAAUUAUGUUCAGCCUUAGAAUUAUUACAAACUCUAGUUGAUGAAGAUCCUAUUCAAUGCCUUCACGAAGGCAUUUUAUUCAAUUUAUGCACUCUUUAUGAACUCGAAAGCUCUCUACCAUGGAGUAAGAAGAGUAGAUUAUUGAGUAUCGUUAAUGAACAUAAGACUGAUGGUUUUAUGACUGCGUCAUUGAAAUUACCUUAA